AUCCCAGCCAGCCAGAUGACUGCCGUGUGUGUUCUCUUCCUCUCCCAGGGUGUCCUCUCCAACAUCUCGUCCAUCACUGACCUUGGGGGCUUUGACCCUGUGUGGCUCUUCCUCGUGGUAGGAGGAGUGAUGUUCAUUCUGGGGUUCGCAGGGUGCAUUGGAGCACUUCGGGAAAACACCUUCCUUCUCAAGUUCUUUUCUGUGUUCCUGGGGAUUAUUUUCUUCUUGGAGCUCACUGCUGGGGUGUUGGCGUUUGUUUUCAAAGACUGGAUUAAAGACCAGCUGUAUUUCUUUAUUAACAACAACAUCAGGGCUUACAGAGAUGACAUUGAUUUGCAGAACCUCAUAGACUUCACCCAGGAAUAUUGGCAGUGCUGUGGGGCUUUUGGAGCUGAUGAUUGGAACCUAAAUAUUUACUUCAAUUGCACAGAUUCCAAUGCAAGCCGAGAGCGAUGCGGUGUGCCAUUCUCCUGCUGCACUAAAGACCCUGCGGAAGAUGUCAUCAACACUCAGUGUGGCUAUGAUGCCAGGCAAAAACCAGAAGUUGACCAACAGAUUGUAAUCUACACUAAAGGCUGUGUGCCCCAGUUUGAGAAGUGGCUACAGGACAAUUUAACCAUCGUGGCUGGUAUUUUCAUAGGCAUUGCUUUGCUGCAGAUUUUUGGGAUAUGCCUGGCCCAGAAUUUGGUGAGUGACAUUGAAGCUGUCAGGGCUAGCUGGUAGAACCCUGCGGCCACAGCUGCAAGACACUGGACUGACCCCUCACUGACCCUCCCGUGCUGGCUGAUGGCGGGCUGCAGGGACCCAGUCACGGGCCUGCAGCCCCACCUCACGGAGCUGCCAAGGACUUAACUUUCUGUGGGGGUAAAACUGGGAAAUGCUGCUCACAGGACGGAACUUCUAAAAAGAAAAACAGAACAGUGUGAAAGCCACCGAGUCCCUCGAUAUGCCGUGACUCUCUCCUGUAGCCAUGAAUUGAUGGACGGACGGAUGGAUGCUACCAGAAAGGGAAAGGGGGUGGGGUGGGCACUGCAUGCACUUGAAUUUGUGGAGAAGACAGUGCUGUCCACAUUUUGGCUAAAACUUACCCCUCCCCCACACCCUCCCCAGGGCCAAGUGUUUUGAAAUCUCUCAGCACACAUUUCCAGAAACUGUUGGAACUGCCCUUUGGAGAAGCAAACAGCUGUCCUCUGUGUUCAGAUGUUGAGAUGGGUGGAAGGGGUCACAUCCAGGAUGCACACUCUGGAGAGCCCCGAAAGAAAGCCAGGUGUUUGGGUGCAGCAGGUUAGGGUAGCAGAGAUUGCGGUCCGCGUUUCUGCAGGACUGAUCUUUCCUCUGAGCGGCCAGCCUGAGCUUUAUCAAUGGCAUCCAAGGAGAAAAUGAGGUUAAUGAGAGGCACCAACUACACACCCCCUCACCCCACCUUACCAAACUAGUGCUUGGGUUCUUCGGAUACUCUGGAAUACUCUGGGCUGUGUUUAUGUGUUUUCUUUCUUUCUUAAUUGGUUGUUAUUUUGGUUCUUGUUUUCCCCCAAAGGCUAAGGCUAUGAUACAGUCCUGCGUAAUGUUUUCUUAUUCAGCUUAAUAGUGAGUUUGUGUAGAACCCUGGCCUGCAUGCGCUGUGACCCUGAAUCCACCAUGUUGUUUUCCAGAAGACGAGAGAGCCUUCGUCAGCAUUUAUGCCCCAGGCCCCCAGCCUCAGGUGGUUGUGGCAUGUUGUCCUAGCCAUGUCUUCAGAUGCCCCCGUGGGCCCACUCUCCCAGCAUCCAGCUCAGAUUUUUUAAAUUCCCUGUCUUCCUCAUUGAGAGAUAUAAAGCCCAGUUCCAAAGCAGGGCUGACAUUGUCAAAAGGCAUUUAAUGUCGGUGGUGGUCUUCUUCUUCUUCUUCUUCUUCUUCUUCUUCUUCUUC